AAUAUCAUUCAGCAUCUCGAGAUGGUUCGGUUGAUUCAUCUUAUUGGAGCUAUUAUUCUACUCUUUUCCUACGCCUACUGCGGACUUUCUCGGCUCAAUGAGCAUGAUAUCGAAGAAAGUUACUCUCAUAAACGAGUUAAAAGACAAUUCGAACGUCUUGGAACAAAAUGGUCAUAUGGAGUAGUUAACUAUUAUUAUGCGGACAAGAACAAUGAAAUAAAAGAGAUGGUUGAAAGUGCGAUUGCUUACAUUGCAAAUCACACUUGCAUCAGGUUCAAUGAGGAUCAAAAUGCUGUACAGCGUGUGCAGAUUCGGAUGCAACAAAACUGGCUUUGUCAGUCGACAGUCGGAGCACCAGGUAUGAGUAUGAGUAAGCCGAUUGGAGAGCUUUCUAUGUUGGUUCAAAGUUGUGAUACCAUCGGAAGUAUCGUUCAUGAAUUCUCGCAUUCACUUGGAAGAUUUCAUGAACAUACUCGCCCUGAUCGUGAUAAUUUCAUGAAAGUAACAACCACUGUACACGAAGCAAGACCCAGGCCAUCGGGAAUGACAACAAUGUAUGGACCAUUUGAACAUGGAAGUGUCAUGAUGUACCAUGCAGACACCUAUGGUCCUGGAACUAUGGAUCCAUUGGAUAUGGACUACAAACAAACAAUGGGAAAUAGAAGAGUGACUUUUUAUGAUAUGUACAAAAUCAAUCAAUACUACGGAUGCUGGUGUUCCAAACAGUUGGAAUGCAAAAAUGGAGGAUAUACUUCACCGUCGGAUUGCUCCAGAUGUAAUUGUCCAAAAGGAUUCUUCGGAAAUCUUUGCGACGAAAGACAACAAGAUUCAUACGAAUUAAUGGCUGUAAACAAUUUGUGGCAAUCAAUAACAAUUCCAUUUGCUUACAAGCCAGAGCCAGGAUCGGAUGGUUUUUAUUCAACAUUUGUGUACAUAACUGGGAAAGCUAACUCAACAAUUGAGAUUACUCUGGAAGGACUCCAGGAUGUAAUAUGCACGGCUGGAUGUACUGUGAACGGUGUUGAAAUUAAGUUCAAAGAAGAUUCUAAAAUAACCAGUCCAGUCGUCUGCUGUACUGAUAAACCACCAUACAAGAACGUGUUCAAAUCGUCUCACAACCCAACAAUCAUUGAAUUGUACUCAAGGACGACUUUACCAUCAGCUGUUACAUUCAAAUAUCGCUUCACGAAUGACAAAGUUGUGCUUGGUUAACAUUUCAAGGAACACAAUUAAUCUCAUUCCCGAAUAAUGAAUACGUCAUCUUUUAUUUUUCCUAAUUAUUUUCUCUUCAACAAGCUACAUAAAACAAAUGACAA